UAGAGUUUUUAGUUUGUUUAAUUUAGUGUCAUCAUGAUACGCCUGCACUUCCUUUUCUGGUAAUGAACAUUGUCCAUUAUGAAGCCAUGUUCCCAGCCCAAGUUGUCUUAAUACAUGUAGUGUAUUGAUUUUUCUUUUGUUUGUUAAUCAGUGGAAAGUAAAUCUACCAUUGAUAUCAGCAGGGACCAACUGGUUCUUCAAUUGUGUCAACUUCAAGCACUAGCACUGCUGAAAGCACCCCAUCCACUCCCAAUGUAGGUGAGGAACUGAGAGUUGCUUCUUAGCUUUGGAACUUCUCCUAUAAUGAGCUCAAGUCACCGGGGAUUGGUUGUGUGACUUGUGUCUUCAAAGGUUGGAUCAAUGAGAGUGGAACUGCUCCAGUGAAACCUGGCACAGGGUUGUCUGUUUCUGUCAAAACCCUCAACCAUGAUGGACUACAGGGUCAUAAAGAAAGGCUUGUAAGAGGAUUACAAUGCCAAGCUUUCUGAUUUUGGACUAGCCAAAGGUGGUCCAGACUGAGAUAAGAGUCAUGUAUCAACCCGAGUGAUGGGAACCUAUGGUCAUGCUGCCCCUGAGGCAUCUGACGUCUAAAGUGAUAUCUAUAGCUUUGGGUUGGUUCUUCUUGAGAUGUUGACAGGCCGAAUACGGAAUAUCCAUGGACAAAAACCGACCAAAUGGGAAGCAUAACCUAGUGGAAUGGGCUCGGCUGUAUCUUGGGGAGAAACGAAGGUUUUUAUGGAUCCUCGCCUUCAAGGACGCUUCUCAAUCAAAGGGGCACUGAAAGCAAUUCAAUUGGCGGUAGAGUGCAAGGUGGUUUCCCAUCAAGGAAUAUCGACCGAACGGGAGCAUCUCCACGCCAAAUGGGCCUCUUAUUUCUCCAUAUCACCAUAAUAUCUUGAUCGGUCACCCAAACCUGGUGUUGGACAAUCUUCAGGUUAGGCCCAUGCCUAUCUCCGUGCUUUGUUUCUAUUAUUUCUUGUGUUUCUGCAGGAAGUGCGUUAGCGAGCCUUGGAAUGUAAUGCUGAUAAGCCUGAUAUGUUCCUUCCUGAGUAGAAGUUCAUUAAUGGGCUCCGCACUGGUGAGAAACAUAAGGGCUCUUUUGUAGCUUAUGAUAUGUUUAAAUUUCAAAAUAGUUGGUGCACUUUCUUUAGUGCUCACCUCACAUCUUCUAUGCUGUCAGUAUCGAGGUUGAUGCAAAUUAGGGACUACAGUUUUUGUGAUGCCAAUCAGGAUUGACUUAAACAAGGAAAAAAAAAAAAAACGGAAUGUUGCAUUUUUUGAACUCUAUGCCUAUUUCAUUACAGCCAAUUUCUUCAGCUUAGUGUUGAACCUAGUUUCGGUGCAUUCAUAUGUUUCUGUAAAAAUUUGUAAUCGCGGUGCCAUUAUUCUUA